AUGGCUAGAGCUUUUCUUAUCAAUGUACCGACUUUACCUGAAUUAAUAAUUGACAAUAGCAAGUCCAGUAUGUCAGCCAAUGCUCGCCAAACUUCAAUAUUUGGAAAACAAUUUCAAAAUCAAUCAAACAUCGGACGUGAUGUAAACGAAUUAGAUAACGAUUCUACAUCAAUUAAUUCUAGCUCAUCUGCGUAUUCCGAUAACGAUGAGGGUGAAGACGAUGACAAUGACAAUACCAUUAUUUCCUCAAGAAAAAACCUACGUAUGAACAGUCGACAUGAUCAAAUUAAAACAAAUCUCAUGUUAGAAAGCGACGCAGCAGAAUUUUUCGCAUUUUCACCAUUCGUAGAUCCUCCAGUAGUAAUUAAUAACAAUAAUACUAAUUCAAAUACAAUGAAUAAAUUAAUGAAAAAACCUCAUAAAAUACGUAUGGCAUUAAAAAAAAAGUUUCAGCGAUCUAACUCAAGUACUUCUGAAGAUGAUGUUUAUCGAUCGAGUCAAAUUUUAGGAAGAGUUUUAUUUACAAAGGGAAAAGAUGAACCAGAGAUAACAGUUGACCAUUAUCAAGUUGGUCAAGAAAAAACAGAUGAUUCUUUAUCAAAUAUAUCCGAACAUCGUGUUACUAGUUUACCUCAUUUAUCAUUUGAGAAACGUACACUAGCAAAAAUUGAUAACAUUAAAAUGGAACAUUUGCUAGAAUCACCAAAUGGUCAUAAUCAUGAUAAGAAAAAAUUUUCUUAUCCAUAUACAGAUAUAGUGAAACCACAUGAUUUCGAUUUACUUCAUGUUAAGAAAAUAGUUCCAACAGAAACUCUUCUCAUACAACAUAAACCAUUUCGACAUAAAAAAAUUCAAUAUCGAACUCAACGUGGUUUAACAAAAAUAGGAAAAGAGGUACAUGAACUUAAACAAAGUAUUACGGGCAAAAGUUCGAAGCUAUCCGCGAUAGAAUCAUCUCCAUUGGAUGGAGAAAAUUAUCAAAGUCGGUUAAUAAAAAAUCUACUGGGUGCUCGUAGAGAAAUAGCUGCAUAUGAUCGAACGAAUUCAUUAACAAAUGAUUGUCAAGAUGAUAAUGAUGAAAUUAAUAACAAACUAAAGGAAAUUGAUGUAAACUUAAUAGCACAAAUAGAAGAGCAUCAAACAAAAUCAAUAUCAUGUGUACAUGAUAAAAAAAAGAGGAGAAAACAAUUAAUAUCUGCGCCAUUUAUUGAACGUCAAGCACGACAUCUUGUCAAUAUUAGAGAAAAAGAGAAUAUUAAUCUUUAUGUUGAUUCACGUUUUAAUCCUGCAAAAUUUAUUGAUCUAGAUGAAGAAGCUAAACGUUUUUUUGGUACCAAUAUUCCAUUCACGGAUCAAUCACCGAAUCCAAAGUCUUCGUUAUUAUCACCAUGUUUAAGUCAGCAAUCAAGUGACGAAGAAUUACCACCUGCGAUAGAAGUUUCGGCUGGUUUAAUUGUUACUGAUGAAAUCAAACCAAAAGAUAUUCAAGUUCUUGUGUCCAUAGAAUCUGAAAAUUAUGAUAAUGACUUAUGCUAUCAGACUAAUCAAGAAGGGGACGAUGCAUUUUUUGAUUGUGUUUCUACUUUAUCUGAGCAAACAGAAUUGCAAUUAUUACCAUUUUCAAAUAAUGAACAAGCAAUCAUCUCUCUUGAUGAAUGUGAAAGUGUAGAAUUUUAA